AAUAUUUUUACUCUAAACUAACCCUGUCCAUCUAACAGAAGUCAAAACGGCAUCUCUGCAGCAGUACACACUCGACCACAUCUCUGAUAACCACUCCACACCAAAAACACGCGAUUCGAAUUCCUCACGCUACCUCGCUUCGUCGGAGACCGAAACCGGGACAGCGCCGGAAAAUUCGCCAUGUCAUCAUCUUUCGGGAGCUCCGACCAGCCGCUCGAUGACGACGCCGAGUUCACCGGCUACUCGUUCUCCAAUUUCGACGGCAACUCGUCUACGAUUUUCGGUGGGGCGUCACACAACGAUGGAGAUGACGUGUUCUCCCCUCAGGCGGCGCCGGAGACUCCGGCGCCGAUCUACUCUGCUUCUGUGGGAUUCGAUACGUUCUCACAGGAGCAAAACAGAGAUGGUGUGGACGGGGGUUUCGGAAACUCCGAUGGUCCGAUCUUGCCGCCUCCGACGGAUGUGGCGGCGGAGGAAGGGUUUGCUCUGAGAGAGUGGCGAAGGAAGAACGCGAUUCUAUUGGAGGAGAAGGAGAAGAAGGAGAGAGAGAUGCGGUCUCAGAUAAUAGAGGAAGCGCAAGAGUACAAAGUUGAGUUCUACAGAAAGCGUGAGGUUAAUGUUGAGAACAAAAAGGCUUCUAAUAGGGAAAGAGAGAAGCUAUUUUUGGCGGGUCGGGAGAACUUCCAUGCUGAAGCUGACAAAAACUAUUGGAAGGCAAUCGGUGAACUAAUUCCACAUGAAGUACCUGCAAUAGAGAAGAGAGGGAAAAAGGACAAAGAGAAGAAGCCUUCCAUUGUUGUAAUCCAGGGUCCAAAACCAGGGAAACAAACUGAUCUUUCAAGAAUGCGCCAAAUAUUGCUGAAGCUCAAGCAUAAUCUCCCUCCAAAUAUGAAACCCAAGCCUCCACCAUCUUCAGAAACCAAAAAGGACACGAAAACUGGACCUCCAGAUGGAGCUAGUACAGGUUCCAAUCCACCCAUUGUUGUGCCUGUUGCAACUCCUGAGGUUGUUGCUGCAGCUUGAGGUUGGUGCUAUUGGCGGAAUCUGCAUGAGAAAAAUUAGUGUCGAAUUUGUAAUCGGUUAUGUCUGUGAGCAUCUUAGGCUAGUGCUGCUCUAGCAUUAUUUAUCCAGAAAAUUACCUGCAUUGGUUUCGGUUAGUAUAUAAUGGUAUAUUCUCCUUCUUAGAACUUAAUUUUGGCUGCGGUGUCCGUGUUGGGGCCUAUCUACACUAUCGUUGCAUUAGAUAUCAUGUUAAUACGAACUGUUUUGUCCUUGAAUUUUGAAGUAUAUUGUGAUAAUUGGGACCACAUUUCUUCUAA